AUGACUACGGUGGUGAUGUCCAAAGAUGGUGAGGAAAAAAACAUUUCAAUCCUUGGCAUCCAUAAUCAAGAAUGCCACGUGGACUCUGAGUUCAGAUAUACCCUGUUCACGGCCUACUACAGCAUCAUCUUCAUUCUGGGCUUUGUAGCGAAUGCCUACGUCUUGUGGAUUUUCACUCGAGUAUAUGCUACCAAGAAAUUAAACGAAAUAAAAAUAUUCAUGGUCAACUUGACCACAGCCGACCUGCUCUUCCUGGUCACGUUGCCCAUGUGGAUUGUAUACUACCACCACAAGGGGGACUGGAUCAUGCCCAACUUUUUGUGCAAUGUGGGGGGCUACUUGUUUUUUGUCAACACUUAUUGCUCGGUCGCCUUCUUGGGGGUCAUAACAUACAAUCGGUACCAAGCAGUAACAAAGCCCAUUACAGCCGCUCAAUCCACCACGCGAAGAAGGGGCAUCUAUGUGACUCUAGCCAUCUGGAUACUGAUCGCUGUCCCGGCCAUAUACUUCCUUGUUGAUAAUGGAAUUACUGAAGAGAAGGUUAAGGGGCGUUCUUUCAGGCGGUGUUUUGAACGCUACGACACCACCGGUGACAUAGGUCCUGUCCUUGGCUUCCAUGUUCUCAUAUGCGUUUGUUUCUUCAUCACCUUCCUGGUGGUCUUGGUGUGCAAUGCAUGCAUUAUCCGGACACUGUUGUCCCAACCAGUGCAGGCCCGGAAGAGCGCCCACGUCAGGCAAAGAGCGCUGUGGAUGGUGUGCACGGUUUUGGCCGUGUUCAUCAUUUGCUUUGUGCCCCACCACGUUCUGGACCUGCCUUGGACCUUGAUGGUUCUUCAGGCAUGGACGAUCAACUGCCAGGCCCAACAGAUGGUGAACGACCUCCACCAGGUGACCUUGCUCCUCCUGGGUGCAAACUGUGUUCUGGAUCCAGUCAUCUACUGUUUCCUCACCAAGAAGUUCAGGAAGCACCUUUCUGAGAAUUUGAAAAGCAUAAAAGACAGUCGCAAGUGUUCCAAGCAAACAACAGAGACUGGCGUGGAGGGCAUGGUCCCUCUGGAAAACUGCAUACAGAACUCCAUUAAGCCGUAAAUAUCGCCGCC